CUAGAGCCCACCGCAGAUACGUGCCAUGAGGGCAGGGAGCUUGCCUGCUGUGGUCAGCACGGUUUCUCCAGGGCCUGGCACGUGGUGAUCCUAGAGGCCCACGUGACCCUCUGACAGGCAGAAUGCAUGACUGGCAGCAGAUUUUUGACCAAAACGUGCUGGUCCCUCCCCAUCCGCACAGAGCACGCCAGCCCGUGAAGGAAUCGACGGCCUUCCAGUGUGUCCUGAAGUGGCUCGAUGGGCCACUAAUUAAGCAGGGAGUGCUGGAGGUGCUGUCGGACGUGUCGUGCCACCUUCGCGUGUCUCUCUUCGACGUCACCUACCGACACUUCUUUGGGAGGACGUGGAAGAGCACAGCGAGACCCGCGGAGCCGCUCUCGAGGCAGCCGUCCAGGAUCGUCUUUAAUGAGCCCUUGUAUUUCCACACGUCCCUGAACCACCCGAACGUCGUGGCCGUGGUGGAAGUGGUCGCCGGAGGCAGGAAACGGGACGGGACCCUCCAGGCUCUGUCCUGUGGGUUUGGGAUUCUUCGAAUCUUCAGCAACAAACCAGAGUCGCCCCCCUCUGCCGCCCAGGACAAACGGUUGAGGCUGUACCACGGCACCCCCCGAGCCCUGCUGCACCCGCUGCUGCAGGACCCCAUCGAACAAAACAAGCACAUGACCGUCCUGGAGAGCUGCAGCCUGCAGUACAGCCUGAGGCCGCACCCGGCCCUGGAGCCCGCCUUCCAUCUCCUGCCCGAGCACCUCCUGGUGUCCGGCCUGCAGCCUGUGCCCGGCCUCCUUCCGGCCCCCGGGGACUCGGGAGACGCCCUCCGAAAGCCUCGCCUGCAGAAGUCGGUCACCUGGUACCUGGACGAUGUGUUCUUCACGCUGUACCCUUCCCUUGAGAAGUUUGAGGAGGAGCUCCGGGAACUCCUCACCAGCGAUCACUUCCGGGAGGGGGGCAGCCCGCUGGACGGCAGUGCCCUGGAGAUCUCGGAGCGGCGCCUGUGCGUCGGUGUGCACAACGGUCUGGGCUUUGUGCAGCGGCCGCAGGUCAUGGUGCUGGUGCCCGAGAUGGACGUGGCCUUGACGCGCUCGGCCAGCUUCAGCAGGAAGGUCGGCUCCUCCUCCAGGGCCAGCUCUGGAAACCAGGCCCUGGUGCUGAGAAGCCGCCUCCGGCUCCCCGAGAUGGCCCGUCACCCUGCAUUCGCCAUUGUCUUCCAGCUGGAGUACGUGCUGAACAGCCCUUCGGGAGCAGAUGGCAACGCAGCCUCCGCCGCCUCCUUGGCCCACCUGGCGCACAUGCACAUGGUCCGCUGGGCUGCCUGGAGGCCCUCGCUGGAUGCCACCUCUGGGCACGCGAUGCUCCCUCUCCAGGGCGGGAUCCGGCCCAACCCCUCGCGCUGCCUGGUCUAUAAGGCACCCCCAGCCAGCAUGAGCUCCGAAGAGGUGAGGCAGGUGGAGUCGGGGACCGUCCAGUUCCAGUACUUGCUGAGCCCGGACGGACACCUGGACACCCCCACGGGGCACCCCAGGGCGGAGCGGCGGCCCUCCCGGAAGAUGCCCACGUCCCCUGCGA